CAAAUGAGAAUUUAGUGCUUCUUGGAACUGUUGAAGUGUAUUUAGUUGUCUAGCUUGUUUGAAAAGGACCUGCGAACGGAACUAUUUGUUACUAGUUUCACAAGCUUUGCUACUAUGAAUGUGCUGAACGCUAGCCAUAGCUAAGUUAGCUGGUCGGCUGCUGAACUUUAUGGCGUAAACAAUAUGUGAGUUAUAAAUGUUCGUUCAGUAAACUGGUAUCUGGUGUAUGCACACGCGGACAGUAAUGGCCCAGCAGUAACAGACAUUCAAGAAUGUGCCCAUUCUCGAUUUAAGACUUAGACAUACCUGACACUUUACUCAAGUAGCUACUAGAAGUGCUUUAUGGCAUCCACUCCCACACCACACAACCGCACUAGGAGUGAAGAUGAGGAUGAUCCAGUCGACCAGAUGAUCUCUAGGACGGGAUGUGCAGAGCUGCACUAUGCUGUACAGGAGUGCAUGGCAGAACACCAGGAUUGGCGCAAGUGCCAGGCCCAAGUCCAGAACUUCAAGGAGUGCAUGUUGGCAUUCCAGACCGCAAGGAAGGAGCAACUCAUGCAACAGAGAGCUACGCAGCAUAACUUAGCCUCUAACUCCAGUGCCUAAACAAAUUGUAAAAGGCUCUGUAAAAUGUGAUUCAGAUUUUUCAAGAAGUACUUUGUCCCUUCUCUCCCCUGGUCACACUCAUUUAACUGACUUAUACGAUGGGAGAAAUGAAAAGGUUAAUACAUUUUCCUGCCACAGAGAAUUAUGCCAUGUCACCUUUCAGCGAAAGUGGUAGGAAAUCCUAAUCUUUUCUGAGGAAGUCCAGUUCCUUGUGCUAAGUAUUGCAGUGUGCUCUGGAGUGUAUGUACUUUUUUAGAUCAAGCAUUGAGAUACUGAGAGUUUAAAUUUACAGCAAAAUUAACUGUGGUUGGUGCAAAAAUCAAUGGACUGCCAUUACUUUUAAAAGAGACUUUCCCCCAGUGUCAGUGUGCAUAAUUAUUUACACACAUUUCCAAGCACAGAACUAGAAUGCAGGUAUUGCAGCAGGUGUGAAUGAAAGACUUGAUUAAUUAAAUUUAAAUAAUGAAAAACAUUCAUUAUUGUCAAUUAAUAUAGCCAUUUGUAUAAUGUAGUCUUUUUCUGCUUCAUCUGAAUUACAUAUUGUAGCAACAUUGGUCAUGUACCUAGACGGAAACCCAAACUGCUUCUUGUCCAAUUUUAAAAGAAACACAUUUUUGCUUGUUGGCUGAUUUUGCCAAAGGUAGCAGAACUGAGGAACCUCGAAAGGACACCUCUUAUCGAGGAAGGUGCAGUUUGUGGUUGUUGUGGGCAUUGUAUGUCAACUGAACUGUUAUCAAACUGAAUGAUUUGUAAGUUUAUGUCCCCAUAUGUGAGCUCACUAAUCUGAUGUGAGGUUUCAGGUUUCAUUGAACUGCGAGAUUGUUACAUUGUAUUGAUCCACAUAUGUAUGUUGCAAAUUGUUACUGUAGAGCUGCAUUGAUGUAAUCUAUUGACUAAACUUAGAAGCAAGGCCAAAUAAUUAACCAUGAUAUAA